UGACUGUUCUUACAUUUGUGUAUUUAACUACCACUGUAGUCAGCAGAUCCAGCAAUAUAUUGGGGUUUGUUUUUUAUUUUACAUUGCCUGUGGGAGAAUGCAAGCUUGUUCACCAUUGUGAAAUAUCUAUUUGAAAAAAAAAUGGGGCUUGUAUAUUUUGAACAAGCAAGAAUUGCCUGUCCAAAUUUUUUUGCCGGUCCUCAGGGGACAGAUGACUAGGUGAGACACUAGCUCACCCCUUCCCUGCACCCAAGCCCCGCCCCUAGAGCAGAAGUGUAGUGCUGGUAGCAUGCCAGUAAAUCACGUAAUACAGAAGUUCGACGUCUGGGUUUAUUUUUGAAAACCACCAUUGCAGUAUCAGGUACCUCUCUGGGAAAACCUGUAAAAAGUGCACGUACCUGUACACCCCUAGUCUAGUGGAAUCUGUUACCUCUAUUCCAUUGUUCAAAGGUCCUGAUUACACUGAUAGGCCGACAAGCUGGCCUGGUGGACUCAGAGUCAAUGAUUAGCCAUUCGGUGAAUGUAACAGUCUGGUUUGCCACCCUGAUACAUGUAGCCUGGUAUGAAAAUCUAGCCUGUGCGACCUUGAGGAAAGUUCGAAGCUACCAGUCCCACUAGCAACUACCAGACAGGAGUGGUAAUAUACAUGUACAAGAGCUUGCCCAGUGUCAUGGCAACCAACGGAGUUCCACCCAGUGGGGAGGGGCAUGAUGUCAUCGUCGUAGGGGCAGGACUGUCCGGCCUGACCUCAGCCUACGCCAUCUUGCAGAAGAAGCCCACAGCCAGGCUGAUGGUCAUCGAGGCAUCAGAUCACAUCGGAGGUGACAUCUCCAGUAAGACACUGAAAAGCUCCACAGGAGCCAAUGAUUGGGACAUUUGCGGCAGUCGCAUUGGGACUGCCCAGAAGGAAGUACUGAAGUUACUAGCUGACCUAGGGAUGGAGACACACCCUCAAUACAACAAGGGGAAUAAAUUCUGGAGGUUGCCCGACGGCAAACUGAAGAAGUUCUCCGGUGCAAUCCCGCCACUGCCGUACACGACCCUGCUGGACGUCGUGAGAUACUUUAAGAAGGUUGAUAGUAUGCAGUCUCAGGUCAACACUGAGCGGGUCAAGGAAUGUAAACAUGCCGAGGAGUGGGAUGCCAUGACGGUGGACGACUUCCUCAAGAAGUACCUCUGGACUCACGUUGGCAAGAUAACUCUGGAAACAAUGACCAGAUCUUUCUGCAGCUCCAGCCCCUCUGAGUUGACGAUGAUGCAAUAUUUGUACAUCAUCCACACGUGUGGAGGAUGGGACCUUCACAUAAACAGUGGGGAUAAAGGUCGCUCCGACCUCAUCAUUAAGGGCGGCGCAAUGUCGCUGUGCCACAAACUGGUGGAGAAAGUCGGCAAGCAGAACAUCUUGUUUGGAGACGGGGUUUCCGGCAUCGCCGAGCAGGGUGGGGGCAUCAAAGUCACCACUCAGUCUGGGAAGGAGUACCACUCACAACGAGUGAUCAUGGCCAUACCAUGUUGUCUGACAGGAAAGGUGACCUAUGACCCCCCUUUGCCAUUGGACAGGAGCCACACCUUCCCCAGUAGUAAUUUUUUGAUGGUCAGCGUGAUCACAUACAAAACACCAUUCUGGCGUGAAGCUGGGCACACUGGAGAAUACCUCAACAUGGCUGCCAGUAACCCGACCAGCACGGCGGACACAGACAAUACGCUGGUCAUCAGCUUUGAUAUGACCUUGCCCGGAGGUCAGCCGGCCCUCAAGGCCUUCAGUAGCGCAGCGAGACUGAAGGGCAAAUCAAGAGAGGAGAAGAAAGACACAAUUCUUCAUCUCCUUAGCAACAUCUUUGGACCUCAGGUGCUGGAUUGCUUGGAUUACACAGACAGGGAGUGGGCCGGCGAUGUGGUUACCGAUGAAGACAAAGCACCAGCCACAAAGUCCUCGGAACUACUUGCCUCUAUAACCAAGCCACACGGAAGGGUGCACUGGGCAGGGUCACACACGGGGACGUCGUGGUGUGGAACACUGAACGGUGCCGUUCAGGCUGGCCAGCGAGCAGCGGAAGAGGUUGUGGCCACGAUCUAGUAGCAGAGAUCGUUCCCCCGUAAAUCAACCUCUGUGCAAAUACCAUCUUCCCCAAAUCAGGGGAUCUUAAAAUAGUAUCUGAUAAAAAAGUAAGUUACAAAAAUCAGUACUCGGUAUAAUCUGAUUUUUCUUUUUUUUUAUUUGGAAAAAUGUCUCGAAAAACUUUCAAAAUCUAUGAAAUCAUGUGAUUGCAAUAAUUUCAGGUUUAUAUAUUUUUCUGUUUGACUUCUCGUUUGUAAUCUGUUAUGAUGCUGCAUUGUAAAUUUCUGAAAUGUUCCUUAGUGGAUUGUAGUAAUGAGUUCAUAUGCUUGCAAAGGUCGAGGGUCGUGAGAAACAACCUGUACUCGUGUAUUGUCUGAUUUUCUUAAUGUUUACUGAGUACAGUGAGCUUUCUGACCUGAAGUUAUACACCGUCACCAUUCUAUGCACUGAGACACCUGAAAUAGUAUCCCAUUAUCCUAUCCAUAGGACAGUCCAAAUAUGCCAUACCACAGCAGUUUUUAUGGUUUUCAUUUGAUGAAAUCAAUCAUACUGAAUUGAUGGGACUUCACUAUUGAAGUUAUCUUUAGCAGCAGCCUGCCACUUGAACGAAAAAUAUUGUAUAUGAUUGGGGGGGGAUUUUUUCCAUAUUUUUUGUAGUUUGUAUCUAAACACAGUCUAUAUUAAAGAGAUAGGCCUGAUUCACUGCAACCAUAUUAGAGGCCAGUUGUCAUCAUGGAGGGUGUGACGCCAUCUUGGAGGACAUUAGCCAUUAAACAGCACUAGAGUUUAUUUGAUUUUGCAAACAGUUCGAUCUGAUAGCUCACAAGUAAUAAAACUCAGAUCAACCUUAAGAUAUUUAUAAUUGCUGCAUCGGCACAGUGUAACAAACAUUAAGAUUAAGAUAAUAUAUAUGUACUUGUUUAUAUAUUCUUUGAUGAAGGGUUGAAUAUAUUUUUUUCAUUGGAAUUUUUUUUUGAUUUGCUCAUCUUUUAUGGGGACAAAAAAGAGUGUUUAAUAUACAGAUGGGUGUAUUAAUUUUAUACUAUUAAGCUGCAUGAUUAAAGUUUUCUAUCCUAACUAAAAUGUUUGUACUCUUUAAAGCCUGUAUUGUAUUUUUGUGGAAAAAACACCCACAAAUUUGGGAUUGAAGAUCAAAGUUUUUGUUACGUAUUUUCAAAGUUCUGUGCUCUCUUUCAUUGGAGUGUAUUGUGAAUCAAACCGAUUGACUGAUUUAUAAUAAAAUGCCAGGUGUUUGUAAAAGUUUUGCCGAACCAUUUUCAGACCAAACUUUCUCCUUAAAGGCAAAGUGCGUGUAGCGUUCCUUAAUAGUCAAAUUCCUUUACUUUCUAAAGUAUGUAUUUCUCGCAGUUUCUAUUAAAAACAUUUGGAAAGAAGGAUAAAUAAAAAAUUGUCUAUUCCCUAUUUUA